UGUUUGAGGUGUUUCUACUUCUGUACUGUUUUACUGUCUUUUUUUUUUUUUUUUUUUUGAGUGCCCAGGGGGUUAUCUGCUUUUUGAUAUGUUACAUGUAUGCAUAGGGAGCGAUUUAUAUGUUGAUAUCAAUCAAUCUAUUGUUCUUGGUGGUUCUCUAGUAGCUUCAUGUUAUAUGGAAGUCAUAGUAGAACGGCUUAAGAGACAGCUUGGUACAAAGUUCAUGAUGAAUAGAAGUUCAUUUCGUUGACCCUAGACUAAGCUACCAAACCUACCCAGAACAAACCUAACAAAGAGA